AAACCCACACUUGCAUACAAAGAGAGCUCUGCAGUCCUCCAGCUGUGGUUGCCUGCCUGGCGGGCAGUAUUGUGUUUAUCACCCUGUCAAGUUGGCUGCACAGCUCAUAAAUUCUCUCAAUUUGCCGUCUACCUUAGCGUCCUCUGGUUCAGAAUUAUCACCUCUCUUGUUACCAGUACUGGCAAGUAAAGUUUCUAUUUUUCACUAUUAGCUACAUGAAAAUGUUGUUUAGUGACAUAUCUUAUAAACACACGAGAGGGGAGAACUGAUUGACUCAUUCUAGACACAGAUUAUUAUUUUUCCAGCUAGUACAAAAGGCUCAGCCGUGGUUGUGAGGUGUAAAACAUAACACUGUUGAAGUUAAGGCAGUCAGCAGAAUGGGACACACUUUAAACUGUGGAAUUGUACUUUUAGACAUUCUUAAAAUCAAAAACGUCUUCGUCGCUGGAUGAAAUGUAGCUUUGUCAAUACAACUCUUUAGCACUGAAUCAUGCAACAACAACAACUCUUUACUCUAUUGGUACAUUGCAUUAUCUGACUUGUUCAAUCUGAAACAAGCAAACCUGAUCCUCUUUCUACAAGUUGCCAAAUCAUUUCUCAGGUUUCUGAUCUGCACUCUGUGGCUUCUGAGUAAAAUAUUCAAAAUGCACUUUAAAAGCUUCUGCUGCACCAUUUCACAUGCUGUAAAUGUGAUGGAAUGUCACUGUGGUCUGGAAUGUGUUAAUAAAAUUAAUUUAAAGUUUUUGCCAAAACAGUAUUUAGCAAAACCGAAAAACUGUUAUUCACUGUGUCACUGAGAGCUUUUAGGAAGAGCUGUGCCCAUCUAAGAGUGUGUGCAGAUUCUUCUUCCUCUUUUUUUUUAGACAUGAGGUCAUACUUCUCCAACUUUUCAGGCAGUUCACCAUGGCUGCAAUCACCCCCACUUUAAGUGCUGUUUUUGGCUUAAGUGUGAAAUCAUCUCCAGACAACUUAAGCUCUACAACAGAAUCUGUCCUUGACAACUUCAGUGGAACGGACAACUAUGAUUAUCCAGAGGAUGGCUACGGGACAUGUACUUAUGAGCGUCAUGGCACCACUUUUCUUCCUGCCCUCUACGCCAUUUUCUUCAUCCUUGGCAUUGUGGGUAACUCUCUGGUCAUCUGGGUCAUUGUUUGUGGUGUUCGGCUGCGCAGCAUGACGGACGUGUGCCUCCUGAACCUGGCUGUCGCUGACCUCCUCUUGGUUUGUUCACUUCCUUUCCUCGCCCAUCAAGCCCGGGACCAGUGGAUGUUCGGGGAACAUAUGUGUAAAGGGGUUCUGGGUAUUUACUACAUUGCUUUCUACUGUGGGAUCUUUUUCAUAAGUCUCAUGAGCAUUGACAGGUACUUGGCAAUAGUACACGCUGUCAAUGCAAUGAGAGCACGGACCAGGUCCUUUGGAAUGAUUGCAGCUGCAGUAACAUGGUUGGCUGGAAUUUUGGCUUCUUUCCCUGAGCUCAUCCACCUCAAAAUCCAGCCUGAUUCCAAUACGACUCAGUCCUGCUACCCUGAAUAUCCAACAAGUACGGAUGAUUCUAGUCCAACCAACUAUCACUUCUGGACAUUGUUCAGCCUUUUUAAAAUGAACAUUUUGGGUCUUUUUGUCCCUUUCUUCAUCAUGGGUUUUUGCUACUCACAGAUCAUCUGGAGGCUGCUGUACAGCCCGUCGUCCAAGAAACAGGCCAUCCGUAUAGUUCUUAUAGUGGUGGCUUCUUUCUUCUGCUGCUGGGUGCCCUACAACGUUGCAUCCUUAUUCAAAGCUCUGGAGCUGUUACACGUCUAUACAGAAUGCGAGAGCAGCAAAGCCAUCAGAUUGGCUCUGCAAGUCACUGAGGCUGUUGCUUACUCCCACAGCUGCCUGAACCCAGUCCUUUAUGUGUUUCUUGGGAAGAAGUUCAGGAGGCACUUGGUGAGGUUAGUAAACAGGGCUCCCUGCAGACUGUGUCAGGUUAUCAAGGUGUGCCCGCCUCAGGACCGAAUCAGUGAAUCGGUGUAUUCACGGACCACCAUCAUGGGCACGAGGAGUACUGCUGUGUGAAGUGGUUGAAUGUGGAAAAAAGGGUUUGGUAAAGCCGACAAUAAGGACAUUUCUCUUUAGGUUAAAAUUAAACGCUCAGCUUGUUAUUUUAGGAUAUUAUAGGACUUGUAGUUCAGUUAAAAUUAGUUUUUAGGUUGCUGUAAAUCUACAUUUUUAGUGUGACAUUUUAUGUUGAGGGAAUAGAUAAAUAUUACUCGCCAGAAAUAUAUUUUUGUAGAGAGGUAUAUGUAGGUAUUUAUCAGUGUCAGAGACACAAGUCUGAUCUACUAGCCUUAUAAUAUUGUACAGUAACAUACAGGUAAACAAAAUCUUCUGCUUUUUUUACCAGCCAUUCAGAUAUUUUCAUGAACUAAUGAAGAAAUAUUUUAUUCAACUUAUGAAUAAGUUCACACGUUCUUUAGGCUGCAUUUUUCUAUGUAAAUUAUACCUGUAUUGUAAAUGUGGUUCCAGAUCCUUACAUUUCUAGUGAAUUUCUGAUGACUCAGAUUUGAACUGCUGCUGGCAGUAUAGCUCAGGAAAAAAAACAGUGUCAAAUAUAUCAGCUGUCAACAGUGACACACCGCAGCAACCUUGAUAAUGAUGCCAAAGGAAACAUCAGUAAUACUGCAACUAUUGCUUAAGUUUUACUUAUUUUGUAUUAAUUAAGGGGAAACACCAUGAAAAAAUGUUUUAUUUACUUUUAUUGGCACAUUAUGACCACUUUCACACUGAAGUCCUCUAAAGUGUGUCAAAGUGUUCUCUGGCAGCUAACAGUCUUUGUAAUAAAGUUUCACAAUAUGUGUUGCAGCAGAUUUGCAGUCAGCCUAAAGAAAACCACAACCUUAAAGCGGAAGCAUGAAACCGAGUAUAAGCUUUGCAGACUCUCUGCACAAAGAAACAUUAGACUGUCAAAGUUUUUAAAUGUUUUUCAAAAAAUGUUGCUUCAAUAGCAUUUGACAAAAACCCAGACAAUUUUUAAUUUCAUAGGACUAUAGCUCUGUAAGGUUGGGUGACUUAAAGACAGCUUUAAAAUUAAAAAAAGGAUACUUUUGGUGUUUUUGUGACAGCCAUGUGUUACAUGCGGCCCUUUUUCUCUCCCUCUGUGCAUUUCUGGUCUCCCUCCUCCCUCUAACUGUGGUGCACCUGAGAUGGGGCAGCAGUAGCUCAGUCCAUAGGGACUUGGGUUGGGAACUGGAGGGUCAAGUCCUGUUGUGGACCAAAUCUGGAAGUUGGUCUGGUAGCUGGUGUCCUUGAGCAAGGCACCGAACCCCCACCUGCUCUGGUGCGCUCUCUGCUAAGCAGCCUGUAGUAGCCCGACUCCGACAUCUCUCUACCAAUGCAUGCAAUCCUGUUCGUUCAUGCGUGUGAUUCGGGCCUUUAUGUGUGAGAAUCAUGUCCCUAUCACAGAGUGUAACUUCCCUCAGGGAUUAAUAAAGGACAUAAAAAAAAAAAAUCAAUCUGCGAUCAGGUGGGAGAGACAGGGCAGGCAGACACACACACACACACACACACACUUUUGCCGUGGCAUGUUUGUUCUUUUCUUGUUUAAUCAUUUUCCCUGUUGCUUUCUCCCCACCAGGCUUGUUUUAGUUUUCCCCCAUGCAUGUUUAGAUUGCUGGGUUUUGUUAUUUCACUUGGGGCUGGAGAGACCGGUAGUCCUAUUUUCGAUUAUUUCAUUUUCUAUAGAUACGCUUUGUGGUUACCGGAGGUAGUUUAGGGGGAGGUGCCGAGAGCGACGGCCCAUUAAGUGGUUGGCUCGGCACCUUCCCAUCUUUUGUUCCAUUGUACCAAAGCUCAUGGUUUAUACAUUUUAAAUUGUGUGGCAUUCCUUCUUAUAUGUUUUGGUCUCCUCUUUUCCGAGUCAUUGGUUAAACUUAAUGUACAUCUAGGAGGCCGUAACACUAUGUUUAAUCAAUAUGUAUCAUAUUGAGCCAUAUAUUGUACAUGCUUUUCUUUGUUUUUCUGUAAACUGAUAUGUUCCAAUUGUGUUUUUGCAUGCAUUUUGUAAUGAUCAUAGAUCAUUCUUAACAACUUUCAUAACUUUGUUGUAUAUGAUGUUAAGUUGUUUUUCCUUGACCCUGCAGCAGCGUUUUAUGUUGUCCCCUUUUUUUAAGAAUUGUUAAAUAAACUGAUGCAUCUACCAAUUAAUAAACAAAGUCAAAGGAU